CGCGGGAGCUCUGGUUUCACAGGUGUCUCGGGUCACAGGUAUGCCAAGCCCUCGGGCGCGGGAAACUUGCUCGGGGCGGCUUCUGGCUCUGCAGCGCCUCCUGUCGGCCGAGGCACCGCCCUCGGAGGGUGAGGCCAGCCUCAGGCUGGGAGGAGACCGUGCACCCCGCAUCCCCGCGAGCCGCCCACCCCUGGAUCGGGGAUUUCGCGUCUAUAAUGAGGAACGAGGGGGCGGGGCUGUGAACUGCAGUUGCUAUUAAGAGUUUUGGCAAAUCAGCUCCCGAGUCCACUUCUCGUGGCCAAUAGGAAGUGGCCUAGGGCGCAGAGGCGGGAAAUGCGGCCACAAGAACAGGCGUGGCAGCCAAUCAGCCGCCGGCCUCGGUUCCGCGCUCCAACUGGCGCGGAGAGCGGGCCUGGGUUGGGGGUGAGGCGGUGGCAGCUGUCAGGCUAAAGUCCGGCGAGCGAGAGCUGCGGGACGGCGGCCGCGGACGGGCCCUGGAGAUGAGCCGUGGUGCCACGGGCUGGUGCUGUCUCGUGUUCUGGCUGCCCACGUGCGUCGCAGCCCACGGCUUACGCAUCCAUGACUAUUUAUACUUCCAAGUGCUGAGUCCUGGGGAUAUCCGCUACAUCUUCACAGCCACACCUGCCAAGGACUUUGGUGGGAUAUUUCACACACGGUAUGACCAGAUUCACCUUGUCCCUGCUGAACCUCCAGAGGCCUGCGGGGAACUCAGCAACGGCUUCUUCAUCCAGGACCAAAUCGCUCUGGUAGAAAGGGGGGGCUGCUCCUUCCUCUCCAAGACCAGGGUGGUACAGGAGCAUGGUGGGAAGGCUGUGAUCAUCUCUGACAAUGCAGUUGACAAUGACAGUUUCUACGUGGAGAUGAUCCAGGAUAGUACUAAACGCACAGCUGACAUUCCUGCUCUCUUCCUGCUCGGCCGAGACGGCUACAUGAUCCGACGUUCUCUGGAACAGCAUGGGCUGCCAUGGGCCAUCAUCUCUAUCCCAGUCAAUGUCACCAGUAUCCCCACCUUUGAGCUGCUGCAACCUCCAUGGACUUUCUGGUAGAAAAGCCGACCCUAGGUUCCAUUGACAAGUGAAUUGUGGAUUUUCCUAUUUGGAGUUUGGAGAUAGACUCUGAGAACAAAUGGAGCCAGAGAGGACAGUGAAGCCACACCACUGGCUUUUUCUUCCCUGGGGCCUGCAAGGACAUCUCAUGCUUCAGGAAGAGUCAAGAACCAGGCCCAGGGCUUGUGACUAGAAUUUGGAACAAAAGGCACUGAAGGCAAGCAGCCUUGUCACGCCCACCUGUUUCAGCCUCCCGCAGCCAGGACCUCCUCAUAAUAAGCCUGUGGCUGUUGGUGUAGUGGUUUAAAGAACUGGUAUUUGGGGACUCAGAACUCCCCUACUUUUAGCAAUAAAACCAAAUAAAGCUCA